UUGGCCGCUGACAAAAAAUUUUACUUUUUUCCAUUGGUUUUGGGGUUGGAUUUGAUUUUUUGGGUGAAAAGUUGAGAACUUGACGUAAAUCUUUGUGAGAUCUGCAUCAUUCUGAAGUCGAUUCCUUGGUUUGGCUUCCAUUUGGGGAAAAUUUGCAGCUUUUUAUCUUGAUUUGGGAGGCAUCUUCGGUGAAAAAGUAGAUUUAUUUGACUGGAGGACUUGUUUUUGAGUGCAUAAAUGAACGGAUUUCAGAACAAAAGGCGUCCUGAAUCACAGAAGCAGUUCCCUGGAUGCAUGGGAAGGAUGAUGAACAUGUUUGAUUUGAGUGCCGGCAUGCCCGGGACCAAGCUGCUCACUGACCGAGCACAUAGAGAUGGUUCUCCAACUCACAGGAACCGAUCUGAUUCUCCGAAGAAAUUGCUGGAUCCUGUUGGAGUUCACACUGAAAACAAACCUAUAACCAAUGAGUCAAGGCAAAAUUCGCCUAGUAAAAGAUCAGGUGCAACACCAGUGAAAAUGCUUAUAGCACAGGAGAUGUCAAAAGAAACAGAGUCUAAGCGUCGGCCACCAAAUGUUGUGGCAAAGCUAAUGGGGUUGGAUGGUCUGCCAGUACAGCAACCCUCACUAACUAACCAAAGAAACUUGUAUGAAGAUUAUUCGUACGAAGGAUCAGUUCAGUACAGUCAGAUGGAGGAAGACAUCUAUUUUAGCAGUCCGUUGCCAUGCAGGACUCCUUCUUAUGUUCAUGAAAAGGAGUAUAAAGAUGUAUACGAAGUGUGGCAACAACCAUGCCGUCUCCCUUGUGUCAAAGAACAGUUGCAACUAAGAGGACGGUCUAAUGAGAAUUCGAAUGAGAACAGAAUGGCCCUUGUUCGUCAAAAGUUUUUGGAAGCGAAACGUCUAGCCACAGAUGAAAAGCUUUUUCACUCCAAGGAGUUCCAAGACGCACUUGAGGUUCUAAGUUCAAACAAUGAUUUAUUACUCAAAUUUCUUGAAGAAUCUAAUUCACUAAUCUAUAAACAUCAAAAUGAGGUCCAGACUAUUCCUCAACCUUCUCAGACACGGCGUAUCACCGUAUUGAAACCAUCGAAGGCAAUUGAGGAAGGGGGUAUGAACCAAGCCAGGAUACAACAAUGUCCUUCAGGAGAAGAACGCAUUUGGGAUAAGAACAAGCACCGCAGAUGCUCCAGUCUUGAGAAUUUGAAGGUAGAAAAUUUAUCUCAGCCGACCAGGAUAGUGGUAUUAAAACCCAGCCCUGGGAAACCUUGUGACUUUAAGGCCUUGGCAACUAACCGAAUUUCAUCACCAAAAUCACUCGACGAGAGAGAUUUAAGCAGAAAUAUCAAAGCUGAUGAGGCUAUUGGUUCAAGAGACAUAGCCAAGGAGAUAACUCGACAGAUGCGGGAGAGUAUGAAUAGUAACCGAAGAGAUGAUUCUCUACUGUCGUCAGUCUUGUCUAAUGGGUAUGUUGGGGAUGAGAGCUCGUUCAAUAGAUCAGAAAAUUAUGUUGAAGAAGCAGGUGGUAAUUUGAGUGAUUCAGAAAUUGUCACUCCAACUUCACGCCAUUCUUGGGAUUACAUGAAUAGAUAUGGCAGCCCUUACUCCUUUUCGUCAAUCAGUCGUGCAUCUUAUUCACCUGAGUCAUCAGUGAUCAGAGAAGCCAAGAAACGUCUUUCUGCUUUGGUGGCAUCAAAUGGAAUUGGUCAAGAGCAAACUCAUGUAAGGCGGAGUUCAAGCACAUUAGGAGAGAUGCUUGCAAUCUCUGAGGUAAAGAAAGAAGAGAAUGUAAAGGAGCUUGAUUUUACUAGCAAUGGGUCAUGUGGUGGAGGAGACCUGAAGGCAUCCACACCCUGUUUGUCUAUUGGUAUAGCUAGUGAUGCAGCUAAUGGAGAAAGAAGUCCAAUGGGCUUAUCAAGAUCAAAGUCUGUACCAGUGUCUUCUUCUACAUAUGAGAAUAUUGAGCUGAAUGCUGAAGUUUCUGACACUCCAAAGAGCAAACUCGACACUCGUACAGAGGAAGGGAAGACAAAGAAUGGCAAGUUAUCAUUUAAGGGGAAAGUUUCAAGUUUGUUCUUCUCGAGGAAUAAAAAAUCCAGUAGAGAGAAAUCCAUUCCAUCUUCUUUGGUGGCUUCUGAUGCUCGACUCCAUCCUAGACAUGCCGACAUUGCUGUUAGGGAUGAUAUUUCAAAGCCUACUGUAGAAAGAUCACUUAGCCCUGCAGACAACCCUUCAAAGGCUGCUGUUUCUCUUGAGAAACCAAGCAUAUCUGAAAGUCCUAGUGAGAACCAAGAACAACCGAGCCCUGUUUCAGUUCUAGAAGCAAAAUUUGAGGAUGAUUCCAAUUCUAAUGUGCCCCAAUGCACAGAGAGUUUCCCUGUCGGACAUUUGCAAGCUUUGUCUAGGUCUCCACCGAUAGAAUCACUUGCUCGUUCAUUAUCAUGGGAUGACUCCUGCAUGGAUGCUUCAACUAUAAAUAAUCCCUCAAAACUCCCAACAAGAGCUUCAUUUAAGGCCGAUGAAGAGGAAGAAGAAUGCAUUGAUUUCGUCCUCAAGUUACUUUCAUCUACCGGCUUGGAUAACAAGAAUUCCAAAACUAUUUUCUCAAGAUGGCAUUCAAUGGACAGCCCUUUGGAUCAAAUGUUAUUAGCCGGUUUUCUGGAUGAGAAAGAUGAAGAAGCCAAGUGUAAGGGGAGGCAGUUGACUCAGAGGCUACUCUUUGAUAGCGUCAAUGCCGCUCUGCUAGACAUUGGCCGGACUGCCUUUCUUAACGCAUGCCCACAAGCAAGGUCAUACAUUGGGACCUUGAAGGAUUUUCCUUCCGAUACUUCCGUAACAGAUGAAGUAUUAAGCAUCAUAAACACCUGGUUUUCCGGUGACAGGAAGUGGUUAACCGGUGAGGCUGGCAACAGCGCUGUAAUUGUAGAUGGAGUAGUAAGAAAGGAGGCGGUAGGAAGAGAAUGGACUGAAUUGAUGUGGUGGGAGCUGGAUGAAAUCAGUAAAGAGAUCGGAGGAAAGGUGUUAGAGCAGUUGGUUGGAGAGGCAUUGUCCGACUUAACUGAUGGUUGUUUGUGAUAUUAAUUUCUAUUUUCUUCAUUUUUCUUUCACUUUUUUUUUUAGCAUGGCCAUUGUUAAUCACUUUGGUUCAGUUUGUAUUGUUACUGCUAUGAUAACAAAAGCAGCCAUGGCGAUGUUUCUGUUUAUAUUUGUUUUAAGAGGCAAUAUAUGUAUGUAUCGUUUGAUACUCGACAA